UGUGUCACUGCGCUUGCUAUAGAUCAUGUAGCUGAGCGGUUCCAGCACUCGAAGUCCACAAUAUCUGAACAUUUCCGCAAAAUAUUGGAUAUUUUGUCUGGACCCAAAUUCUACAACAAAUACGUGUGCAUUCCUGGUCCUCAUGAUCCUAUACCAGAUGCAAUAUUCAAUAAUCCAAAAUAUCAUCCAUUCUUCAAGGAUGUGCUCGGUGCAAUCAAUGGUAUGCAUAUCAAUUGCACACCGACUGCUGAGAAUAUACAUUCAGCCCGUAAUCGGAAG